AUGAGCGGCGGUGCGGCGGGGGAGGCGACUGCCGAACGCAUCGCGCGGAUUGUGAGCCGCCUGGAGAGCCGCGCUUUGGAUCCUGCACCCGAAGGCGAGGAGUGUGGGCCGUUCCUGCAGCGGCUGCUCUUGACCGUCGAGGAGACGCGAGUCGAUGGACUUUUGGACGACAUCAUCAGCCGCGCGCACGCGACGUUUGCGCCAUUGGCGCAGACGACUGUUGCUGCGGGCGACGAUGCGGAGGCGCUGAUGGCCGACGUCGCGUCGCGGGCAAGCCGUUUGGUGAUUGCGGAGGCCUUGCAGCCGUCUGCCGCAACAACAACAACAACAACAACGACGACCGCCUUCUCCUCGCCGCCCUCGUCAGAGUCCCUGUCGCGUGUUCAACAGGCCGCCUGGUGCCGUAUUGGGCAGUUGUCCCUGCGACUGAUUCGAGAGUCAACCAGCGGGAUUCAAUCCGUGUGGGGUAGUGGCAUCAGCGACGGCGGGGCGCAGCAGGUGCCGGUGUUGCUGCAGCGUCGUCUUGCUUGGGGGUCUGACGCGAAGGACGGGAGUGAGAGUGAGGCUCGCAGCUGUGGGCGGGGAGACUCACCGAUGGUGUCGGGCUUUACGCUGCAGUGGGGCGCGGUUUUGCUUUUUCUGCACCUCCUCGCAGAUGCAGCCGGCUUGAGCAGCUCGGUGGGAGGCGCAUGCACGGUCUCUCCCUCGAGAGACAGUCGACACCCGCUACCACACAUUGUUGCGGAUUCCGUCACUGUAAUGAUGGAGCGCAACCACUUCUUGUUGCAGCAGGCACGCGACACGAAGCAAAUUGGGACGGCGGCGGAGCUGCUAAAUGUUGCCGCGAACAAUUUUGCGUGGAUUCAGCGGCACUGUGGUGGGGUGGCAAUGAGCGACGCACUAGAGGUGGCGGAGCUCCUCACGCAGAGCCUGGCGGUCGUACUGCAGGACAUCAUCGACGGUUUGGUGGAGGAGCUGCGAUGCGUGCUUUUGAUGUAUAUUGCGCCUUGUGGCGUAAGCGGCGGUGGCGAGAGACGUGGCAUGACACACCGUGUCCUGGCCGCACGCAUAGCCGCGAGUUGUGGACUCUUUAGUGGAAUGGCGCAUGCGCUGCCGCGGCGCGAGAUGAUGUCGCUGGUGCUGGAACAGUCGCUGUGGCCUGCCCUGGAGCAGCUGCUGGAGGGGGAAAAGCAGCCUGACACGGAGCGGGGUUAUAUUACGACAGGCGUUUUGCGGCGGGUUGGAGAUAUUUUUCUGCCCGCCGAGGCCUUGGCGAAGCAUGCUGCUGCGACGCACAUUGAGGCAGCCUUUGCCGCGGGCGGCGGCGGCGGCGCCACGCUGGCGCAGCGGCUUUCAGAGGCGUUGCAGCUGCUGGAAGCGGAGGAGGCCUUUGGGGCCGUGCUUUGCGAGCGCAGCCCCCCAUUCCGCACCCUCCGCCGCCUUCUCCCCUCCAUGACUCCCUGA